CUUCAGUUUGCUCUAUUGCUCUGUUGGACACAAGUCACCAAGAUGAAGUGGCAGGUGUAUCUAGUCCUGCUCUGUGGGCUACUCUUCUUAGCAUCAUGCAUUUCAGCACAAAGACAAAGAGGUAAUCGCAGGAAUCGGCCAAACCGACCAAACCGACCAAAUCGACAGAAUCGACCAAACCGGCAAAACCGACCUAAUCGCCGUGGAAAUGCCGGUCGAAGAGGUGGGCGUCCUUCCACAAACCAGGGCAGAGGUUCAUCCACCCCACUGCCAACAAACUCGACCCAGUGUGAGUUGAUUCAAGUUCCGAUGUGUAGAGGUAUGAUCGGCUAUAGCCACACUCGUCUCCCGAAUCAGUUCGGCCAUACCACCCAGCUCCAAGUGUACCGUGCCCUAGAAUACAUGUGGGCUUUCAUGGACAUUGGAUGUUCUGCCGAUUUCCGAACAACUGCAUGUGGGUACCAUUUACCUAAGUGUACGCCAGGUCAAACAGAGCUGCUGCUACCCUGCAAGGAGACCUGCAACCGUGCUCGUAGAUGCAAGGUGAGGAUGAGGCAGUUGCAGUCACAGUGGCCAACUCAGUUCCAGUGCAGAAGUCUUACUUCACAUCGGCAAGGGAACUGUGUUCCACCCAAACAGAGAGCCCCAUCCUGCCACCAGCGCCAUCUGACGUGUGAACGUAAUCAGAUUCCCCUGUGUCAGAACCUGACCUUCUCCCAAGGGUCGCUUCCCAACAUGUUUCUUCAGUGCAACGUGCAGGAGAUUGAAGCAGAGAUGCAACAGUUUCAGGACCUGCUGAGAACCAACUGCUCCCCUCAUCUUCGAUUCUUUAUGUGUGGGAUAUACAUGCCGUACUGUGUUCGAGCAGAGACUCCCUUCGCUCUGCCAUGUCGGGAAAUUUGUGAGGGAGUUCGACGAAACUGUGAGAGAGUUUAUCGUCGCAUGACAGGAGGUCUUCCUUGGCCAAGCAAGUUUCAGUGUCAUCGGUAUCCACAGUCCACCAAUGUCCAGCAAGUAUGUGCCUCUCCCUCGGAUGUUGUGCUCCGAACUCCAGAACCAGAGCCCUCUACAAGACGACCACGGCGACAACGAAAUACGACCCGCACUAGCAACUAAUACCCUCAGCCACCAGGUGAUUAUAAACAUGAGAAGAUGAAAUAUGAUCCUGGUAUAUUGUGAACUUUUGUUGAUCAAUGUCUCACACUGAGAUAUUGACAGGACUGUAUGCUUCAUAAAUUAAAUAACUUCCGAAACAAACCAAAGAACCUUGAACAGUGUGCUGUAUAAAUACAUUCAGAAAGAAACCAUGCACAUUGCUGCCUUAGAAACAAACACACCAUCUACCAUGUCAGUUCAGAAGCAAACAAUGCACUGUGUCGCCUCAGAAACAAACAGUUCAUGUACUGUGUCACCUAAGAAACAAACACAUCAUGUACAGUGUUCCUAAAGGACACCAAUCUGCUCAUAUGGCUUAAAAACAACCGACCUCGAGGUCAUCAUAAUGGUCAAAGCGAUGAACAUUUUAAAACUCUGGCACCGUAAGUUUUCAUCAGUGACAGUUGACAAAUCCUUUAUAAUGUACGACCUGUAGAUCGAGGACUGACUGACUGAGUUUGGUUUUACGCCGGUUUUAGCAAUACUCCAGCAAUAUCACGGCGGGGGACACCAGAAAUG